AUAAUGCAUGUAUUACAUGUUAAACAGGUUAAUGUAAAAUAAUGAAUUAUGUUGGCUUACACUUAUGGCCUUUCCAUUAUGAUUAUUACAGUCAUGUCACUCAUGUUAUAUACUUAGGCUACUGUAACGCGUUCAACCAGUUAGCAAGUCAGAAAUGUCAGUUUCCUAGUACCGACUAGCACUUGAAUGCAUUAUUAUGCUGGCUUCACAUUCUCCUGGGAUACUGGACAAUGGGAAGUCGUAACUCCGACAUGAUUGUUUUCAAGUUCUUUUCAAGUCGGAACAAUUCUUAAACCAAUAAGAUUGGCCACAUCAUUUCCUAAUUUCCCUCUUGUAAUUCCUAUUUGGAGGGUCAUUCAAGUGAAACUUCCCAGUCGGAACUAGGAAUCCCCGAGAACUCCGAUAGUACCUGAACGAGGCAUUAGUAUGUGUAAUAGCAGCUACAUACAUAGCCUACAUCUGUCUUCAGAUUUAUUUUAUGGGUGAUUUUUCCAUUGACAGAAAUGUAUUUAGUCUUCCACUCCACUCUUCCGAUACAUUUAUUUGCUGCAGACAAGAUGAUAUUCAACAGGUAGGCAUUUUGAAACCGUUCAGAGAUUACUCCAAGUAAUGGCACUCUUUGGGAUCUUUGCCAGGGAACAUUUAAAUACAUUAUCAAUGGCAAAUACUGUUUUCUAUGCUUGAUUUCACUUAAUAUUUUUGGGUGUUGCGCUCAUUGCAGUCAGAAAACAUGUUGGCCGAUCAAAACCCUUGCGGGUUUCUCUCCCCGAGUCGUACGAGAAAAUAACGGAAAACUGACCCAAGAUCAGUACUGUACAUAUGCAACUUCAACCCCAUGUAAUGCGGAGCGUGUUCCAGCUCGUCAACACAAUCGGCUGCAGGGGAGAAUCUGUGUAAUUUGACCUACAACACAAAUGCGCACCAUGACUUCAACAAAGAAGACAACUUGGAACGUACCCGAUCCUCCCAAGCGAUCAUUCUCUUUCCUGCUCCAAAUAAAGACCCUUCACACCUACCACCCUUCUAUUCAGACAACUCAGACCUACGGCUGACACCUUUAGUCUCUCUAUCUCUCUCUUUCUUUCUAUACAUCCUCUUUGUACAGAUCUCUUGAUCUAUCCAUCUGGCUGCAUCUUAAAAUGGCUCCUGGCUCCAGCCGUAAGCUGUGUCCUAGCUGUAAAACAUCAAUAGGAGUAGCCUCAAAGAAGUGCAAGUUCUGUGGUGCAAUAAUACAGCUGAAGGUGAAGUUAGAGGCCCAGAAAAUGAAGGCUACUGAUGAAUGGGCAACUAAGACUAUUAAAUAUGGAAGAUUUGCAACCUUGAUUAAUGCAGCAAACAAGCUGGUACAUAGGUUCCACAAGUUAGGAGUGUACCCCCUGCUACUCCUCAGCAAGAGGAAGAAGGGUAACAUUUUGUCGUCAACUGCACUGUGUCCUCACAGUGGUAUGAUGAACCAGACCUCAAUGGCAGAAAUCCAAAGGUUGUAUGAGGCAACUGUGAAAGUGGCAAUCAACACCCAUACCCCCACACUACAACCCUCCAACCCUCCCCCUGUUGCUGCCCAAGAACUGUCUGAUACAGUUGCCCCCCAGGAGACCAGCUACACCCCCAUCCUCAACCAGGUUGAACCCCUGAUAUCCCCCACCACCCAGGAGACCAACUCCAACUCGCUGAGCAUGACACAGUCAAACCCAUCCAAUCCCAUCCAACCCCAUCCUACCCCAUCCUACCCCAUCCAACCGUAUCCUACCCCAUCCAACCCCAUCCUACCCCAUCCAACCGUAUCCUACCCCAUCCAACCCCAUCCUACCCCAUCCAACCGUGUCCUACCCCAUCCUACCCCACACAACCCCAUCCUACCCCAUCCAACCGUAUCCUACCCCACCCAACCCCAUUCUACCACAUCCAACCGUAUCCUACCCCAUCAAACCCCAUCCUACCUCAUCCAACCGUGUCCUACCCCAUCCUACCCCACACAACCCCAUCCUACCCCAUCCAACCGUAUCCUACCCCAUCCAACUCCAUCCUACCCCAUCCAACCCCGACCAAGGAAGAGGAAAUAUGACUACAUGCAAAAAGAGUGUCCAGUGCAUCCGGGGCAAACGAUUUUCCCUAUUCUCAAGAUUCUUGCCAAUAGAACUUCAAAUGAGGGUCAGGAGCAGAAAGUGAGGUGGAAGCCAUGCUCUGGAUGUGGCAAGAAAUGGGACGAUGACUGGAUCAAGGCCGAGGACCGGGUUUCUCCAGUUUAACCAUACUUUAUGCACAUAUGUAUUACAAACGUAUUGCAACAGUGACACUUUUUUUGUUGGUUUUGGAUCUGUACUCCUGAACUGUAUUUGAAAUUAUACAAAGACUAUGAGGUUAAAGUGCAGACUAUCAGCUUUUAUUUGAGUGUAUUUUCAUCCAUAUCUGGUGAACCGUUUAGAAAUUACAGCACAUUUUGUACAUAGCCCCCCCAUUUUGGGGGAACAAAAGUAUUGUGAUAAAUUCACUUAUGUGUAUUAAAGUAGUCGAGUAUUUUUGUCUUUUAUGUUUGUAUUGAUUCAUUUCACUAUGUUAUUAAAUAUUUAUGUUUAAUUUCACUCUCA